AUCUAUCAGGAUUGACCCUGCAAAGUUCAGUUCCAGCUCCUUCAAACCUUCUAGUAAAAGAUGAAUUUGUGAAUGAAUAUGGGCAAGUUGAAGGACAACAGUCUCUGUUGAACACCGAAGGACAUUCUUUACAGACAAUCCAACAUCCACCUAGCACCAGGCAACCAGCUGAAACCUACAGUGGACCAGCAUUGUUAACGCCAGCAGAGCCCAGUACUCCCAGCACCACCAAUUUUCCCAGCAUUCCUGUUGCUACCACAAGUCAGCCAAGCAACAUGUUGCUUGUGAAUCACAGUGAUGGAUUAGUACAGAUUGCAUCUGGGCCUCAGCAAGCAACACAACAGAAUGGCUUUCCAACGCAACCAGCAACCUACCACCACAAUACCAUGGCGGAGUCGAACCUUGUGACCAUUGAAGAUGAUGAUGAGGAUGAUGAUUAUGGGGAACCCCAGGAAAUUAUUCAUCCAGGUUUUCCAGGGGAUGAUCCAGAUAACGGGCCAAAUAGAUGGAGAUCUUCAACUUGGGUCCCUGAAGAAACCUUGUUUAAAAUCGAGGAAUGUCACAAUGCCAUGUUGAUCGAUGGUUUCCAAAGGAUUGAAGAGGGAAUUCACGGACUUCGCCAAGACAUGAACGAGCACAUGGAGAACUUGUGUGGCUCCAUUGACUCUCUCCGUACUCCCCUGCAACUGAUAGGACAAACCCUUCAGGGCCUUCUCUUACAUUUACGGGCUAACCAGAUGGAGUCAGGAACUUCACAGAUUGAAGAGACUGUGGAGCCUGGUCCCUCCAACAUCUCUUCAGAAACAGAACUUGACCACAGUGAGACAAAAUCCUUCAAAAAACAAAAAAUUAAUUGAACAAAAUGAAAUGGUAUGAGUCACCUAGAGACAAUUUUUAUCUUCCAUCUGUAAUAAUUUUUUGUUGGAAGAAGGGUUCUUACCUUACACACAGAAUGUGACAUCACAUCUGCAGGGUGAGCUUACAGAAAAAAGGACAAAAUGGUUUCCUUUCUUGAUUUUAACAAAAAGUUGUCUUUGUCUUUCUGUAUGUUGCUGCACUUGCAAAUCCCCUAAUACAUCCAAAAAUUGUUAGUUAAUUAAAAUGUCUGAUUGCAUUCUGUCAUUGUUGCACUGCAUAAGCAUCUAUCCCACUUUAACUUGCCACAACUUGAAAGUUUGGCUCUGUUGUCUUGACAACAGGAAAAUAUUUUAAAAGACUCUUAAGUUCUGAAAAUGUAUUAACAAGUGUCUAUGCAAAUAAAAUUCAUUAUUGCAGGACACCAGAUAUACGAAUGAGUAACUCAUCUUAUGUAGAGUAAUUGGUUAUGCUUGAAUGUCUCUGCAAAAUUGAAGAACCUUGCACUGCUGAUUCAAGACCAUGCAUCUGGGGUGGGGGGGGAAAGCAAAGGCAAAGAAAAGGUGGAGUUCAUGAUGUGCUUGGAUUGCCUAUGUUAAGGAUUCCUGACUUCUACAUAUCAAAACUUUUAUGAGCCAGCAAUUUAUAAUCUCGGAUUAAACUAGCCUCAUUGGAGGCAGAAGAACUGCUAGAGCUGUAAUUUGUACAGAUCUUGGAAAUAUCUCCAGAGUAUUCAACAAAGAAAUUGCUAAUUUUGCGCUUAUUGUGUUAAAACUUGCAUGGCUAAUGAGCUGAGAGUAUGUUUAGUUUCUGCAGAUUUGUUAGGGGUAAUACACAGUUGCCAUGCUCUCGGUAGUCUUUUGCUCCUGGAGCUUUGGAUUGACGAGAGCACAGAACUACUUUACAUUGCUGUGUUGUGCCUGAUCUGAGAGAAUGCUAAUUGAUUGACUGGCAUCUUUGUUUAAGUGCUGUAAUCUGGUUGCUAAAUAUUGACAUGGAUGAUUGAUGUUGAGAUUAUUUAUUUGGAAGGUGCUAAUGCCAAAUCUGGGACAUUGUUGCUGUGGUCACUUUGACUGCACAGCUAAUGUGACUUGGCUAUAGGAAUCUCCAGAUCUUUACCACCCACACGUUCUCCACACCCAUUAGUUGGAAAACAUCCAUCUGGGAAGGAAGAAGCACAAGCCAGUCUGUCAUAGUUUUAUCCACAGUACCCACAGCACCAUAAUUGCAGGGCACUUUUCCUACCCCCAGGUCAUCCCCUUCUGUGCGGAAAGGGGUUCUUAAAUAUGUCCUAACCUUUCUCCAGUUAGUUUCAACUGCUUUUAAUCAUAAGUAGAGCAUGCACAUAUACCUAUUCAGUUGAUAUGAGGGCUGUUAUGGCACAGUGAUUGCAUCCCCAGCUUUGAGCCAGGAGGCCUGGUUUCAAGCCCCAACUGCCACAGGAGUGGACAGGUUAAUUUAAAAGAAUCUCAGUUGACAUGGCAUUUGCAAUAAUAGCAACACAGACUUGUAUUUUACUAAUUUGGAUAUUCACCCAUUCUCUCCAUCUCUUGCCUGAUAGAAAUUGCAUGAAAAAUUUCCUAACAGUUACUUACGCUCGUACAUUUUGCAACCUGAUCGGAGUGUUUUAAAGCAAAAUGAGAAGCAAGAUUUGAGUGACACGGUGGCUCAGUGGUUAACACUGCUGCCUCAUAGCUCCAGGGGCCUGGGCUUGAUUCCCCCUCUGACAAAUGUCUGUGUGGAGUUUGCACAUUCUCCCCGUGUCUGUGUGGGUUUCCUCCGGGUGCUGCAGUUUCCUCCCAUAGUCCAAAGAUGUG